GAGGGGUGCACCCUUCGUCCUCCGGAGCUGGUGGCUGGAGGUUGUGCCGAGUGAAGCUCUUCGGUCACUGCGGGAACAUGGCGACGCUGAAGGCCGUGUGCGUGAUGAAAGGGGACGGCCCCGUGCAGGGCGUCAUCCACUUCCAGCAGCAGGGUGAUGGACCAGUAAAAAUUACUGGGAAAAUCAGUGGCUUGGCUGAUGGAGAUCAUGGCUUCCACGUCCACGAAUUCGGUGACAAUACAAAUGGGUGUAUCAGUGCAGGUCCUCACUUCAAUCCUGAAGGCAAGCAACAUGGUGGACCAAAGGAUGCAGAAAGACACGUGGGAGACCUUGGCAAUGUGACCGCUAAAGGAGGAGUGGCAGAAGUGGCAAUAGAAGAUUCUCUCGUCUCUCUCAGUGGGCCACAUUGCAUCAUUGGACGUACCAUGGUGGUCCAUGAAAAAUGCGAUGACCUGGGUAGAGGGGGAGACAAUGAGAGCAAAAUAACUGGAAAUGCUGGUCCUCGUUUAGCUUGUGGUGUAAUUGGGAUAGCAAAGAGCUAAGUAUUGCACCUGGAAUGUUUAAAAUGACAGUGAAGAAUGGGCUGUAUUCCAUUGCAGAUGUUGGCACUUGCCCUUCCUUGUGCAAACAAGAUUUAUCACUUAAUCUCAUUAUUACUCUGCAUUCUGAGUAUCACUUAAACUGGUGAAAACUGACUUAAUUUUGUAUGUUGUAUAUUGCAAUUAAAGUGACCCUGAUGGAAUGUCUCUGUAGUCUUCUGCUAAAGCAUCUGUUGUAACCAUUAAGUAUAACUUCACUGACUGGACUCCUGUUCUUUGUAAUGAAGAUUAGUAGGUCACAACCUGAACAGGCAAACUUCUAGUAACCCAGUGUGAUUUGGAGGAUUAGCCUUAUGAGCUUUGGCAAGACUACUCACCAAAGAGCAGUAGGCACUGUAUGUAUCAGGGCUUCCUCCUGGCAAAGUUGCAGCACUUGUAGGUUUGAAACCUGUGUAAUAAACUUGCUGGGUAAAA